AUGUCGUUCUUUGAUGGUAUUCCAGUGGCUCCUCCUAUUGAGGUUUUCCACAAGAACAAACUGUACUUAGACGAACAAGCUCCGGUAAAAGUCAACCUUACCAUUGGAGGUUAGUAACUGGACAAUUUUAAAAAUCACAAAAAAACGAGAAAAGGGUAAAAUAAAACAUAUUAGAAAAGCGUAAGAAGUUGGGGUGUCAGUAGAGCAAUUUUAUGAAUGACGGAUAAAGGUGACCUCUCCUUUCAAACCUGGCUUUUUUGUUUUUGAGUACCUUGAAUUUCAGUAUCAAGCAAAACACGAAAAAAACGAAAAAAACAAACCUGCAUCUCCUACACGCCAGUUCCUCACAAUAUCAAGUUUUUUUAACAAAGUUUAAGAUUCAUUUUCAAAUUUUUUUAGCUAUUUGUCAAUUAAAAAUAAAUUUCUAAGCAGACUUAUUUCCGAACUUGGCUCAUUUUCGAGCUCAGUAGUUAUUUUCAAAAUAACAUGUUUGAAAAACUGUAUGAAUAAUCACUGAAAUGAUACAAAAUUUCAAUUAUGAGCUAAGAACUUUCUAGGUUUGCUGAAAUUGUUUUGGAAUAACGGGGAACUGGAACCACGUAAUUUCCACCUGGGCAAGCUCCGUCACCCCUGCACUUAAUUAAAAAAAGUAUAUGAAAAUGAGAAUAAACUUUUUGCGCAGAUUCAAUUCAUACACAUAAAGGCAAUUGAACUGAUUUAUUUUAAUUUUUUUCCAAAAAUACAUUUUUUGAGGAAAUGAGACUCUGACCACAAAAAUAGCAAUAAAAAAAAUCUAAAUAUUUCGUUGUUCUGAAAACAAAGAGAAAUCUUCUCUUUAGCUUAUCGUACCAACGACGGAAAACCUUGGGUACUGCCGGUGGUUCACGACGCCGAAGUCCAGCUGGCCAACGACGCGACUCUCAACCAUGAAUACCUGCCGGUCCUGGGUCACGAAGGCUUCCGAGCUGCUGCCACGGCUUUGGUCCUCGGAGAGAACUCGCCGGCGAUUAGCGAAGGACGAGUGCGUUUUCCCUUUCAAAUCAACGACAGAAGUUCAUAAAUCAGCUUUUUGCAAUUUGCAACAAUUUUGUCCAACUCUCGUUUCAAUAUUUUUUGCAGAAGUGUGAAAAAAAAUUUUCAGAAAAAAAUACAACUGUUUUAUCUCGAUCGAUUUUAAAGUGUUCUAAUGGAAAUAUUAACGUAAAACUGAGAUAACAGUUAGAGCGAAAAAAAAUUUUAAAAAAUCUAAAAUUUUUUUAAACUUAAAUGCGUUCCUCAUUGACGCGCAAGCAAUUUUUUUUUUUGGUCAUAAGAAAGCUCAUUUCAUUGACAAUGUUCUCCGAUUGAGAUUAACUUCUGUUGAAGAAAAAGAAGUCAGCUCGUUUUGUGCGAAAAUCAAGGUUCCAGGCUUUUGGUGUUCAAUGCCUUUCUGGAACGGGUGCUCUCCGCGCGGGAGCAGAAUUCCUCCACCACGUUCUUGGCUUGAGCGUUGUCUACGUGAGCAAACCGACUUGGUGAGGGUUCAUUGAAUUUCAUGGAAAUUUUCUUUUUUAGGGGAAACCACAAAUUAGUUUUCACGCGCGGUGGCUUCACCUCAGUCCGCGAUUACACCUUCUGGGACGCUGAAAACCGCUGUGUCGCCAUUGAAAAGCUAAUCGCCGAUCUCGAAGAAGCCCCAGAAAAGUAAUUUAAAUUAUCGGAAAAAAUCAUCAACGAUAUUUUUUCAAGAGCCGUUAUCAUUCUACACGGAUGUGCCCAUAAUCCAACAGGAAUGGAUCCCACCAAGGAGCAAUGGAAAAAAAUUGCCGAAGUCGUGAAAGUAAAUUUCUUUUUUUUUUGUAGCCUAUAGGUGUGAAAUAAUACGAUAGGAAGGUCAAAAACACUUUAUUUUCACUAUUUCUCGAUUCUGAAAAAUUUAGUCGUUUUUUGUAUUAUUCUUUCAUAUAAAUGAAACGAUCAUGAUUGAUUCAAUAAAUAGUUACAUAGGAAAGCUUAUUGGCAAAUAAGCUCACUUAAAUUCGGAAACUAAAUUAUUUAUUUGAGAGGAAGAAUCUGUUUACUUUCUUCGACAUUGCCUACCAAGGAUUUGCUUCUGGAGAUCCUGACGCCGACGCUUGGGCCGUUCGAUACUUUGUGGAACAAGGCUUGGAAAUGGUCGUUUCUCAGUCCUUCGCCAAAAACUUCGGCCUUUACAGUAAUUGAAGUCAAUCAUAUUUUUUACAAGAUGAAGCUUCAAGAUGAGCGUGUUGGCAAUCUGACGGUGGUUGUCAAUGACAAGAGCGUGAUCGCUGGCUUCCAGUCGCAAAUGUCUCUUGUCAUCCGUGCCAACUGGUGCGUUUUUCAGUAAACUUGGGGUUUUGAACUGAGUUGCGGCUGUUUGAAGGUAUUUGGGGGAUAAAUAUGACUUGGGUUCUGAACAAGCAUAUUGAAAGAAAUGAAGUAGCAAAGCUAAAAACUCAAUAAAUUAUAAAAUUUAUUUAAAUCUGUGAUAAAAAUUAAUUCAAACCUGUGAGGAACUAGCUGCAUUGAGAGAUUCAACUUGGGUUAUUUUAGGAACUUAACUUUUUAAACACUGAACUUUAUAAACAAGACUAUGAAGAAAAAAACAUAAUCAUUAUAAAUGAGAAAAAUUUAUCAACUACAAUCACAAUUCAGGUCGAACCCACCAGCUCACGGAGCUCGCGUCGUUCACUUGGUGCUCAGCGAUCCGAAGCGUCGUAACGAAUGGAUGGAAAGCAUCAAGGUAGCUAUAUAUAUAAUCUUACUUCUUCAUCAAAUUCCAUUCAGGCAAUGUCUGAUCGCAUCAAAACAAUGCGCGCUGCUCUCCGGGAAAAACUCGAGGCUCUUGGAACUCCGGGAAGUUGGAACCACAUUACUCAACAGAUCGGAAUGUUCAGUUUCACCGGCCUUAACGGUAACCUUAUUUUACAGAAAAUGUAUUUCUCUUUUUGCAGAGGAUCAAGUCAACCACCUGAUCAGCAAGCACAAAGUUUUCCUUCUUUCCGACGGCCGCAUCAACAUUUGUGGCCUCAACACCAAUAACAUCGAAUACGUGGCGCAAGCAAUCGAUGAGACCGUCCGUGCCGCCAAAAGCAACCUUUUAGACUUUUUUUAUUUAUUAAUUUUUGGCGCAUUUAUUGUAUAG